GUAUCAUUCAAAAUAAAAUCGCAUUACAACUAACUAUCCAAACAAUUUAUUUAUUUCUUAUUAAAUUAAAAAAACAAAAAAGUUUACUAAAAUGAAGUUAAUUUUGUGUUUAUUACCGUUAUUAUGUUUAGUUUUAUAUUUUAACAGUGUCGAAGCAGGUGUUUCAAUACCAGAUUUCGAAAGAGUGAGAGAAGUACGCUCAACGGAUGAAGAUCCUGACAUAACUGAUGAUGAUGAUGAAAAAGAUAGUGAAAAAGAUGAAGGAGAACCAGCUUCAGAAGACGGAGAAGAUGAUGGCGGUGAUUUUGUUCAAGAACCUCAAGGCACCAAAGUAUUAUUAAAAUUGAAUGAAAAAGCAACAAAUUUAUUUUCAAACAAGAGUGAUGCAGAAAUUAACGCAAUACAAAAGAAACUAGCCGAACUUAAAUACGGUGCUGGACAUAAUCGUUAAAUCAAUUAAUUUAGUUUGAGAUAAACAACUUUUUAGUAAAUCGUUUGACAGAUUUUUGUUCCAAAUCUUUCCCAAACAACACGGGAAAGGUUUGUUUAUUAAAAUAAGCGAAAUUAUGAUAAAAUUAUCAAUGAUUACGAUUAUCUUUCAUUACCAAGAUACGUAUUUUUAUAU